AAAACGUAAGCGUUUAAUUUGCUUAUAGUUUGACGGUAUUGCCUUCGAACGCACGUUGAGUCACGGUUUCAUGGUCCAUUUUCGACUGAAAACAGCCGCUACCCCAUCCUCAAAACAAAGAAACGAAAUGGAAGAUACCAAGAACCCACCACCACAACAAACGGAAGAUAAAGAAAAACAGGAAUCUCCACAAAAGGAAGAACAAGGAAAAGAAGAAGAACCCUUGAAGGAGGAGCGACGACCAGCUUCAACUACAGCACCAAAGAGUGGAGGAGGAUGGGGCGGUUGGGGUUUCUCUGCUUUCUCUGUUCUCUCAGAUCUUCAAAAGGCUGCCACUGUUGCCGCUGAGGAGAUUUCUCGCAAUGCUUCUGUGGUUGCAGAGAAGGCUGCCAAGAGCAUUGCAGAUAUGCAACUUGCUGAAGACUCAGAAUCUUCUAAGGAGGAAGAAGUAGAAGAAUCUCCAACUGAAAAGGAAAGUGAAGACGAGAAUGACAAGCUACGAAAGUCUGCUCUGGAUAAGUUAGAGAAAGCAAGUGAUGAUUCUUUCCUUGGCCAGGGUUUGAUGGUUUUUGACAACUCUAUGGAGAAUUUGGCUUCUGGUGCAUGGCAGGCACUAGGGAGUGCAUGGAAAGGGGGUACCAAUCUUGUUCAGAAGCUUGAGCAUUCUGCUGCAAACAUUGCGGGUUCUAUUCAGCAUGGAGGUUUACCAGCUGGUUCAGUUGCACCAUCAUUAAUUGAGACUGGAAAAGCAUUUACAACAAAGGGAAUGCAAGUGCUUGAAUAUGUGGGGAAGGAGACUAUGGAUUUACUGAUCACUGAAACUGGUAUAGAAGUUGAAAAGAACCCUAAGGGCUCUGAACAGCCAUUUGACGAGGAUCACUUAUUUGAGGAUGUUAGUUUUGAUCGAUGCUUCUACAUAUAUGGAGGUCCAGAGCAGUUGGAGGAACUGGAAGCAUUGUCCAGCCAUUAUGCCCUUCUAUUUAAUCGAAGAAAAGCAAAAUUACCAUCAGAACAGAAAUCUGUGUAUGAGGGAAAGCUUAAACAAAUCCAGCAAAUAUUCAGUUUAGAUGCUGAAAUGGAUGGAAAUGGUCCUGAGUUGGCCAAAGGAAAGAAAAUAGAGACUGGAACUGAGGGCAGUAAUGAUGAGAUGAAAAUUUUACAUGAUUCAAGUGUCAGCAAGGCUGCUGAUAUGGCUGCUGGGUUCACAAAUGCAUUGGUAGGAUUAGCUGUUAAUGAUGUAAUUCAAAGAACUUCUGGAAGGCUGGAGUCGCUGCACUCAGAGGGGGUUCAUAGGCUUUCAGAAAUGUGCUGUUUUGCGGUGUCUCAGCUCCUGAUGCUUGGUAAAUCUGUCAUAUCUGGUGCUAACAAAGUUCAAGAUGAAGAUGCUGAUGGUGAUAUGAUGAAUAUUGACUGGCCUGAAGAUUCCAUUGAGAAGGCUAAACUAAUCAGAGUAAAGGCACAAUCAAUGACUGGAUACAUGGAAGCUGUAUCCAGCAGCUUUAUCACAGGCAUAUCUGAUGUAGCUGAAACUUAUCUGGCGACUAUUAAGAGUGCUGAUUCAGAUUCACAUGAAGCACUUCCUCAGGCAUCAAUCCAGGAGAAAGCUAAUUCCUUCUCUGAACAUCUCCGUGGUGAUCAGACCAUUGCAGUGAGCAAAAUCCAGGAUGGACUCCAAUAUUUGUCUUAUGUAGUCCUUUCGACCUCAAUGCCAGCUGCUUGAAAACUCAAAUUCUCUACAUUUCUUGUUAGUUUGCACGUAAAUAGUUGCACUUUAGAUGAGUUCAACCCCCAGUCUCACCAAACUUAUUAUGGUACACCAUUGAAACCAAACUCAUUUUUAAGCAGGGGGAAAGAAGUUUCUUUUGUGUAGAAUUCUGUGUGUUAAACUUGAAUGCUAAUCUGGAAUGUUGAACAGUCUAUUUCCACAUUAAGGAUAAAAAAAAAAAACAUGAGUUUUCAGAAAUUUUCUUGGUCUUGAU